CUUAUAAAAUAACGGGUGAAGCCAGUCACAAAGACAAGGCACCUCAGUUUGGGUGAUUCUGCGUGAGGAAACUGCCUUCGUCUUGAUUUUUUAAAAAAAGGCUCCCUCUGCAGCCACCAGCCCCAAGAUGGCCAAGAUGCUGUUGCUGCUUUCUGCACUUCUGGGUCUCUUCUCUGCGGCCAGGGGACAAACGUUCCAUCUUGGGAAAUGCCCGACUCCUCCGGUGCAGGAAUACUUUGACGUGACUAAGUAUCUUGGAAGAUGGUAUGAAAUUGAGAAGAUCCCAGUGAGCUUUGAGAAGGGAAAGUGCAUCCAAGCCAACUACUCACUAAUGGAAACCGGAAAAAUCAAAGUGCUAAACCAGGAGUUGAGAUAUGAUGGAACUGUGAAUCAAAUUGAAGGUGAAGCCAUGGUGUACAACCUCACAGAGCCGGCAAAACUAGGAGUUAAGUUUUUCCAGUUGAUGCCAUCAGCACCGUACUGGGUCCUGGCUACCGACUAUGAGAGCUAUGCCCUCGUGUACUCCUGUACCACCAUCAUCUGGCUUUUUCAUUUGGAUCAUGUUUGGAUCUUGGGAAGAAACCCGUAUCUCCCCCAAGAAACUGUGACCUAUCUAAAAAGUAUCCUGACCUCUAAUAACAUCAGUAUUGAGAAAAUGACUAAGACAGAUCAGGAGAACUGCCCCGAGUUCCUGGGAAGAGGCUCUUAAGCGAGGCUGCGUGUAUUCCAGGUUACUUCUUUUGCUUUGCUUUCCUGCUCCCCUUCCCACCCCUCCCCUCGUUAAUACAAAGCAACCAUCCAUGAUGAGCUACUGCAAAUACCAGAAGGGACAUUUGAUUGCGGAAACCAAUGGAGGGAAACUCAAGGAAAGUUGGUCCAAGCACUGCCAUGCCCUACCCUGUCACCUUGCCAGCCCAGUAAUAAACUUGUUGCUGACCUGCUGUGCUCA